GUACAAUUAUACAUAAUUACAAAUAGAUUUGUAAUGAGCCACGUGUAUCUUCCCAUGUUUUACUAUUGUAUCAGGAGUUAAUCAAAACAAUAAUUGAGUGUUUUGUGUGGUUUUUCUUCACUCUUGUUUUUUACAGUGAGAAAGGAGAUAAAGAGAGAAAAAACGACUGAAAUAAACAAUCGGUAGAUAUUUCUUGUAUUUAGAUUUUAUGUUUUCUUUCGUACUUUUUCUUUUUUUGGAUAAACUUCGAAAUCUCGAACUUGUUAAGAAGCAUGUGAACUGAGGCCCGCCAGUGUCAAAGUCAAAUGUUUGACGAAUUCUCUACAAAGACCGCCAUAAGUAAAAGCGACAGGGAUCAGAGCUUGAUUGAGUUCACAAUUGUAUCAAAAUUAUAAAAAAAAUGGAUGAUCUUGUGAAUGAUAACGACGAUGGAUCAGAUGAAGCCAACGAAGAAGUUGUCAAGAUACUGAAGCAGGCAUCGGAGGAGGUCAUCGAUAUCGUUGACCUCUCUAGUCAACAGUUAAGGUUUCUUCCCGAAGCAUUUGGCAAGCUUUCCAGUUUAAUUCAUCUCAAUCUCUCCAAUAAUCACUUACAGGUGCUUCCUGAUUCAAUUGCAGGAUUAGUGAAACUAGAGAAGCUUGAUGUUUCAUCCAAUCUUUUAGAAUCAUUGCCAGAUUCCAUCGGCUUGUUGACAUCUCUCAAAAUCUUAAACAUCUCAAGCAACAAGCUCAACACCAUUCCAGAAAGCAUCGCCUUUUGCAAAUCAUUGGAAGAAUUGUAUGCAAGCUUCAAUAACCUAAUAUUCUUGCCAACAAACUUCGGUUUUGGACUAAUAAGCCUCAAAAUCCUGUCAAUCAGCCUCAACGAAAUCCGUUUCCUUCCAACUACCAUUAGUGAACUAGAAUCUUUAAAAUACCUAGAUGCGCAUUUCAACAAACUCCAUGGCCUUCCAUCUUCAAUUGGGAAACUGUCAAAUCUUGAGGUAUUGAACUUGAGUAGUAACUUCAGCAAUUUGACAGAGUUACCUGACACAAUUACAAACCUUAAAAACCUCAAAGAACUUGAUCUCAGUAACAACCAAAUCAAGUCUCUUCCUGAAUCAUUCGGUCAACUUCAGAAUCUGACCAAAUUAAACUUAGAUCAGAACCCGAUUGUAGUUCCUCCAAUGGAGAUUGUAAUGGAAGGAACUGAGGCUGUGAAGGGCUUUAUGGUCAAUUGGCGGCUUGCUAAUAUAGCUGCUGAGGAACAAAGGCGUGUGGUUGAAAAUGAUGAGAAUCAAGGAGGAUGGAUGGCUUGGGGAACCAACAUGGUUAAUGUGUAUCUUGGACAAGGACAUGGUAAAUCUUCUACUUCCAAAGACUCAUACUUGGAUCAAUUAUUGUAAUAUUUUAAAGUAUAAAAACUUUAAAGUUACUUAACAACAAAUGAUAAAGUGCGUAUCAUGUUGUAAGUGAUGGUUGAACAUGGUAAUUGUUGUGAUGAGUGAAAUAUUUAUGAUGUGUAUUUUGUAUUUAUGUGAUCUUUUUUGUCACUUUGUUAUGCUUCUUAUUAGAAUGUGUAUAUAUAAAUGAUAUUUCUCGGUAUUAACAA